GGAAGGCGGCGGGGAGGGCUGGCACGGAGCCGGCGGAGCAGCUGCAGCCGUGGGCCGGGACCGUGGGAGCGACAAGCUGCAGCUGUGAGCAGGACCCCAAGGGCGCGGGGGCUCGUGCUUUACAAACACCAUCAUGGCGUCCACGAGGGAGGCCACCCGCAACCCGGCAGCUGCGCAACACCCUCCUGGGCACAGCAGGCUGGAGGCGGGGUGGGGGGGAACAUCCCCCUCCUCAGUACCGCCCCACCCUCCAGCUGGGGGGUGCACGUGGAGCGGGGCAGAGAGGCGUCAGCACCGCCUGCCCAGGCCCGGCUGGCCCUCCAAUGGGGACACGCGGAGGAUGGCUAAGUCCAGGGCACUGGGGGUCCACCAUGAGGGUAGCCCCCCUACCCCGCCCCAGGAACCCUGAGAACCUUUGUGAUGUCAAGAUGUGGGGCUGGAGCCCCGCCCUGAGCAGCCCCUGGGCGUCCUGUUCACCUCCCGCCCCAGCCACGGUCACCUCUCUCUCCUGCCCCCCACGGUCAUCCCCUCUACUUCUUGGGCCCCUUCCAGAACUCGGAGGCCCGGUCCCUCUGUCCUCGCCUUCCUCCGGCGCCGGAGUCCUGGGCGCGGGCUGCAGGGAGAGAAAGGGGGCACAGAACCGUGGAGGGGGGGACACCUUCCCAACAGCCCACCUGCAAGCAUGGAGACCAAGGAGGAGGAGAGGGCGCCCGUGGUCAGCACUUCCCAGGGGCAGGCGGCCAGCAAAACCCAGGUCAUAAAGUCCAGUUCGAGUAAGAAAAUCAGGCAGCUGCAGUACAAGCAGCAGAACCUGGAGUCGCUGAAGAAGGAGGCGACCAUGGAGGACCACAAGCUAAGCCUGGAGGAACUCAGCACCAAGUUCUCUGUGGACCUGCAGACGGGCCUCACCCACGCCGCAGCCCAGAAGAUUCUGGAGCGUGACGGCCCCAAUAUACUUACGCCGCCCCCCAAGACCCCCGAGUGGAUCAAAUUCUGCGAACAGAUGUUUGGGGGCUUCUCCCUCCUGCUGUGGACCGGGGCCAUCCUCUGUGUCGUGGCCUACUACAUCCAAGCCCAAGUGAAGGAGGAAACCACGAAAGACAACCUGUACCUGGGCGUCGUCCUGGCCUCCGUGGUCUUCAUCACCGGCUGCUUCUCCUACUACCAAGAGGCCAAGAGCUCCCAGAUCAUGGAGUCAUUCAAGAACAUGGUGCCCCAGCAAGCGCUGGUGAUUCGAGAAGGGCAGAAGCUCCAGAUUGGAGUGGAGAAAGUGGUGGUGGGCGACCUGGUGGAGGUGAAGGCCGGGGACCGGAUCCCGGCCGACAUCCGGCUCAUCUCUUCACAAGGCUGCAAGGUGGACAACUCAUCCCUGACCGGCGAGUCGGAGCCGCAGACCCGCUCCCCAGAGUUCACACAUGAGAACCCUCUGGAGACCCGGAAUAUCUGCUUCUUCUCCACCAACUGCGUGGAAGGCACUGCCAAGGGCAUAGUGGUGGCCACCGGGGACAACACAAUCAUGGGCCGCAUCGCCAUCCUGGCGUCGGGGCUAAAGGUGGGCAAGACGCCCAUCGCCGUGGAGAUCGAGCACUUCAUCCACAUCAUCACUGGCGUGGCCGUCUUCCUGGGCGUGUCCUUCUUCAUCCUCGCCCUCAUCCUCGGCUACCACUGGCUGGAGGCCAUCAUCUUCCUCAUUGGCAUCAUCGUGGCCAACGUGCCCGAGGGACUGCUGGCCACUGUCACCGUGUGUCUGACGCUGACCGCCAAGCGCAUGGCCCACAAGAACUGUCUGGUGAAGAACCUGGAGGCGGUGGAGACCCUGGGCUCCACGUCCACCAUCUGCUCCGACAAGACGGGCACGCUCACCCAGAACCGCAUGACCGUGGCCCACUUGUGGUUCGACCAGACUGUGCACAAAGCUGACACCAAUGAGGACCGGCAGGAGAAUAGCUUUGACAGGAGCUCGGGCACCUGGAAAAUCCUGUCCCAAAUCGCCGGGCUGUGCAAUCGGGCCGACUUCAAGCCCAAUCAGGAAAAUAUCCCGAUUGUCAAGCGGGGGACCACAGGAGAUGCGUCCGAGUCAGCGCUGCUCAAAUUCAUUGAGCAAACCUGCGGCUGCGUGAAGAAGAUGAGAGAGCGGAACCCCAAGGUGGCCGAGAUCCCCUUUAACUCCACCAACAAGUACCAGAUAUCGAUCCACAUUCCCGAGGACAAUCCCCAAGCCCGUGUCCUGCUGAUGAAGGGGGCGCCUGAGAGAAUCCUGGAGAGGUGCUCCAGCUACCUCCUCCACGGGGAGGAGCACCCCAUGGACAGCAAGAUGCACGACGACUUCCAGAAGGCUUAUCUGGAGCUGGGCGGCCUGGGGGAGCGCGUGCUGGGGUUCUGCUUCCUGAACUUGCCCGACUCCUUUGGGGAGGAUUUUGAAUUCAACACGGAUGAGGUCAACUUCCCCACCGAGAACCUGUGCUUCGUGGGCCUCAUGUCCAUGAUCGACCCUCCCCGGGCAGCCGUGCCCGACGCUGUGAGCAAGUGCCGCAGUGCAGGCAUCAAGGUGAUCAUGGUGACCGGUGACCACCCCAUCACGGCCAAGGCCAUCGCCAAGGGCGUGGGCAUCAUCUCUGAGGGCAACGAGACUGUGGAGGACAUUGCGGCCCGGCUCAACGUCCCGGUCAGCGAAGUCAACCCCAGAGAUGCCCAGGCAUGCGUGAUACACGGCUCUGACCUGAAGGACAUGGACUCCACGCAGCUGGACGAGAUCCUGCUCAAUCACACAGAGAUCGUCUUUGCCCGCACGUCCCCGCAGCAGAAGCUCAUCAUCGUGGAGGGCUGCCAACGGCAGGGGGCCAUCGUGGCCGUGACAGGGGAUGGUGUGAACGACUCCCCUGCCCUGAAGAAGGCCGACAUUGGCAUUGCCAUGGGUAUCGCGGGCUCAGACGUGUCCAAGCAGGCGGCCGACAUGAUCCUGCUGGACGACAACUUUGCGUCCAUCGUCACAGGCGUGGAGGAGGGCCGCCUCAUCUUUGACAACCUGAAGAAGUCCAUCGCCUACACGCUGACCAGCAACAUCCCCGAGAUCACCCCCUUCCUGAUGUUCAUCAUUCUCAGCAUUCCGCUGCCCCUGGGCACCAUCACCAUCCUCUGCAUUGACCUGGGGACCGACAUGCUCCCGGCCAUCUCCCUGGCCUACGAGUCGGCCGAGAGUGACAUCAUGAAGCGGGUCCCGCGGAAUGCCCUCACAGACAAGCUGGUAAACGAGCGGCUCAUCUCCAUGGCCUACGGGCAGAUCGGAAUGAUCCAGGCCCUGGCAGGAUUCUUCACCUACUCCGUGAUCCUGGCCGAGAACGGCUUUAAGCCCUACGACCUGCUUGGCCUCCGUGUCACCUGGGAUGACCAAUACUGGAGCGACCUGGAGGACAGCUACGGGCAGCAGUGGACGUACGAGCAGCGGAAGGUGGUGGAGCUCACCUGCCACACGGCCUUCUUCGCCAGCAUUGUGGUGGUGCAGUGGGCCGACCUCAUCAUCUGCAAGACCCGCCGGAACUCUGUCUUCCAGCAGGGCAUGAGGAACAAAGUCCUGCUCCUGGCCCUCCUGGAGGAGACGGUGCUGGCCUGCAUCCUGUCCUACACGCCCGGGAUGGACAAGGCCCUGCGCAUGUACCCCCUCAAGCUCCUGUGGUGGCUCUGCCCGGUGCCCUACAGCAUCAUCAUCUUCAUCUACGACGAGAUCAGGAGGCUCAUCAUCCGGAGGUUUCCCGGCUGCUGGCUGGAGAGAGAGACCUACUACUGAGCACAGGACGACAGGAUGCAACACUCAGGUGGCCAGACUGGCCCUGUGAGCCUAAAUGGGCUGGUCAGCGGAGACGCACACCUGUCUGGACGCUGCCCUGCAGGCCCCCUGGGGCCCCAUCCUGUGGGGAGCCACAGAGUAAAUGUGGCAGAACUCCCCUGAGUCCCACAUGCCUUUGUUGGGGACACUGGGUGCGAGCCGCAUAUCUCC